AUGUAUGCCAGCCUACGAAGCCUGCCCAUGCAUACAAAAACCAUCUCAGGGUGCGAUCGAAGGAUCUCACGGGACUUCCUGCUUUUUGGAAAGCAAACACUCGAGGGAAGCGGCUUGAGGAGGUAUCGCGCGAGUAGAUGUCGGGCGGAGACCAGCAUUCUGCCAUGGCCGCGGCCAUCUCAACAUUGCACUGGAAAUGUAUGCGACAAUUCUUGUUCAUAUGAACAAGAAGCAGACGCGGGAAGGCUCGGAGCUGGCUCCUGCUUUUCCGCCGCGGCAAAGCCAAAAGUUGAAGGCUUGGCCAGAAUUUAUUUGACCUUCACCAGCCAACAUUUUCCUCUCAGCGCACUGAUCGCAUAA